AUGGGGCCACCGCUCCCCCUCGCUCUGCUCGCGGCCGCCGCCACCGUUGCCGCUGCCUCCGGCUCCACCAGUGAGAUGCCCCUUCUGCCCCCGGGUCCCCCUCGUUACGCCAGGCCUGGCGAGGGUCGGGAGGAGGAGGAGGGGGAACACAACACGUGUACCCGCUCCUCCUCCUCCCCCCACCCCUCCUCAGGAUCCCCAGGUUCGUUCCGGGUGCAGGUCCGGCCCCAGCAGGUGUCCGUGCAGCCAGGAGGUUCCGUGUGGCUCAACUGCAGCACGGACUGCCCACGGCCAGACGGUGGGGAGAUCCAGACGGACCUGUCCCGGGGCCAGACAGAGCGGGGGCCCGGCUGGCUCGCCUUCCAGCUGCUGGACGUGAGGGCGUGGAGCUCCGAGCCACGCUGCACCUUCCGCUGCGCCGGGGUGACAAGGGAGGCCGUGGCCAGAGUCUACGCUUACCAGUCUCCACGCCACGUGCUCUUGGAGCCGCUGACCCCACUCGAAGACGGCUUGAAGUUCAGGCUGCGCUGCCACGUGACGCGAGUAUUUCCCGUGGGAUUCCUGACCGUGAUUCUGCGGGCCGGGGCGCGCCCCCUGUUUGUGGACCGCCUGGUGGAGCACCGCCGGCCGGAGCCCGCCAACGUGACGGUGACCCACGAGCUCCGUGCUCGGCUCCGGGACCACGGCCUACCCGUCAUCUGCCAGGCCCGGCUGGACCUUGGAGGCCAGGUGGUGGGACGCAGCUCAGAGCCCGUGAUGCUGUGGGUCCAAGGGAGCCGGAAGGCUAAGGUAAUGUCCUGGGCAUCGAUCGGCGCCCUGGCCACCCUCCUGCUCCUCGGCUGCAUGUUUCUGUCCGGACGGCACCUGGCUCAGGGACCUCUGAGCGGGGAGGGGGAUUCCUCCAAACACACCCCGGGCCUGCCCUGGGGCAGUUUAGGAAUAACGAGACCCCGGUCCCAGCCAGGACCCCGGGCCCCGAGCUGGGACGUUCCUGCCCGGCCAGAUCCCGGCGUCCUCUUUCCACAGUGGAUGGGCCGCGGGGGCGGGGGGAAGCGGGGCGGCUGCCGGGGCCGCGGAGAAGGCUCCUGUCCGGGAUGUGGCUCAGCCCCCAGAGCCGCCCCCGAAAUUCGCCCUCCGGGGGAGGUCCGGUACUUUUGCGUGGGUCGGCCACGCACCUUCUGGGCCACCCGCGCGGGUCGGCAGGGCAGCGGUCACUCGGGUGAUGUGGUUUGGCCGUGGGAAGAUGACAGGGGGAGGGGGGGUUUCGGGGGAGCGUGCCGCCCCCCUCCCCGGCUCCGCACCCCCUUCUCCGCCCCCGCCUUGGAUACCGAGCUCCCAGCGUUAAAGCCAGCUCCCGGCGCGCUCGGCUCCGCGCUCCUCCGUGCGCUCCUCGGUUCGGUUGCCGUCUCUCCGGGUCCAGCGGCCCGGCCCACCCGGGCCAUGAACCCCAGCCCGCCUCGCCCACGCUGGGCUCUGCUCCUCCUGGGGCUCGUCGUCGGGCUCGGGGCGGAGCGGGAGCCGUACUGGGCCGAUCUGCAGCCUCGGGCGGCGUUGGUGGAGCGCGGCGGGUCCCUCUGGCUCAACUGCAGCACUAACUGCCCGCGGCCCAAGCGCGGCGGGCUGGAUACUUCCCUCCGCCGGGCCGGGGGGCAGCGGGGACCGCGCUGGCUCUCCCGCGAACUCGUGGACAUCCGCGAGCCCGAGAGCCGCCCGGUCUGUUCCUUCCAGUGCGGCCCCCGCCUGUUGCAGGCCCGGGGCGUCAUCCGCACCUUCCGGCCCCCAGAGCGAGUGGAGCUGACGCCACCGCCAGCCUGGGUGCCCGUUGGCGAGAACUACACCGUGGACUGCCGGGUCCCGGAGGCAGUGCCCCUGGAGAACCUCACAGUGGCACUGGUCCAGGGCACCCGGGAGCUGGGGCGCCAGGGCUUCCCGGGCAAGCCGCCCGACACCCAAAACGCCACCGCCACGUUCACGGUCCUGGCCCGCAGGGAGGACCAUGGCACCGACGUGUCCUGCCAGGCCCAGCUGGACCUGCGGAGGCUUGGGCUGGAACUCUUCCGCGGCCGUUCGGCCUCCGUGCGGCUUCACACCUUCCAAUUCAAGAGACUUCCGUGGUUCAGCUCCCCUGCACUCAGUGACUCCUGGCUCCUGGAGGUCGGGGCCGCGACGUCUGUGAGCUGCGAGGCUGAGGUGUUCCCGGCCGGGGAGGCCCAGGUUCACUUGUCCCUGGGGGGCCGGGAGCGGAACCCCACAGUCACCCGGGACGGAGACCGGCUCACGGCCGAGGCCACAGUUCAGGCCGAGGAGGGGCCCGAGCAGGAGCUGGACGUGAACUGCACCGUGGCCGUGGGGAGCGAGAGCCGAACGGCCCACAAAACCCUGACCGUCUACAACUUCCCCCCUCCCGAGCUGACCCUUAGCGAGCAAAGCCCUGUGGAGAAGACCCCUGUGAAUGUGAGCUGUAGGGCCCGGCCCGGCGCCUCAGUGAAACUGGAGGGGCAACCAGAGCCACCCGGUGGGGAGCCUGCUCAUCUCCAGCUGAUCGCCCGGGAGGAGGACAAUGGGCGCCUGUUGACCUGUGAGGCCACCCUGUCGCUGAAAUCUGUGCGGCUCGUCAAGCGCCAGAACGUCCAGCUCCACGUCCUCCACGGACCGCGGAUGAAUGCCUCGGACUGUCCGGGGAACUGGACGUGGCUGGAGGGGACGGAGCAGGUUCUACGUUGCCGGGCCCGGGGGAACCCGACCCCGACUGUGCAGUGCGUCCACGCUGGGAUCAAGGACGCGUUCCUCCCCGAGAGCCCUCUGCGGGUCACCCGAGCCCACGCCGGCACCUACCGCUGCACAGCCAGCAGUCAACUGGGCACCGAGGCCAGGGACGUGGUCGUGACCGUGGACUCCCCACCCUGGAUGGACGAGACCAGCUGCCCCAGCCACCAGACGUGGCUGGAGGGGGUACGUGGGCCGGCAUUGACCUGUGGGGCGUGGGGUACCCCACCCCCUCGGGUCCAGUGUGCCCGGGACGGCGAUCUGAAGCGGCUGGAGGGUCUGGAGGAGCCAGAGUGGCCGGAGAGGGGUCGCAGCGUGUCUAGGGAAGACGCCGGCACCUACCGCUGCGAGGCCACGAACGCACGUGGCUCGGACGCCAGGAUGGUCACUGUAGGGGUGGAGUACAGGCCAGUGGUGGCGUUGCUGGCGGCCACCCCCUCGGGCAGAGUGGAGCCCGGGGGCAACUUCACAUUGACGUGCCGCGCUGAUGGGUCCCCACCUGCCCAACUAAGCUGGCACACCCCGUCGGGGGCCAGAGGCUUCGGCCUCUCCUUGUCCGGGGACAACGGGACCCUGAGCGUGGCCGGGGCUCACGGUCGCCACGGAGGUGUCUAUGAGUGCAUGGCUACAAAUGCCCACGGCCACCACGUGCGGCGCAUCACCGUGCGAGUGGCCGGACCGUGGCCAUGGGUUGCUGGGGGCGGGGCAGCGGGAGGUGCAGCCCUGCUGGCGGGCCUGGCUGCCCUAGUCUGGUACAUCAAGUCGGCGGCCUGCAAGACGGGGGAGUACAGCGUGCAGGAGGCUGAGAGCGCCGGCCAGGCCGUGGGGGCGGGGACUGAGGCAGGGGACGAGAUCUACGCCAUCCAGCUCACCGCCAAGUGAGAGGGCCGGCUGGCCGGCCGGCAGGCCAGGAGAGGGGCUGGCCGUGGAUCCUUACCCUUCACCGGAAGUUCGGUUCAUUUCUUCGUUUCUCCGUUCGGUUAUUUCUGUCUCAUCCAGGGGAGGGGGUGGGGAGGACCCUUGCCCCACCCUCAUCUGUCUGCGAACCUUGAGCAACCACUCCAGUAAAAGACUUUUCAUAAUAAACAAGA